AUGUGGAGGCUAAUCAUCAUCAUCAUCAUCAUCAUCACAAGCACAACAUCUAUACAUCUAUUUUUCAAUUCCUUCUCUCUCCAACUACUUCAACCCAACCCCCACAAAACAAACACCCUCGAAUCGAAGCUUCCGUCAUUCGACCCUGCCCACUGCACACCCCAGACCCAACAAACCCGUUUGAAAAAAAAAAACCCCCGCGCGCAAUACAAAACCCACAUUGUCCGCCCCUAA